AUGUCAAAGCAACCUCCCAAUCGACGGCGAAGACGACCAGACGCUCUCGCCAUCUUCGGAGCAGCAGGAGCAGCUGUUGCAUUGGUCGGAGCAGGCUAUUACUGGUACUCGCAGUGGGCGGCUAGCGGGUCCAAGAAAGAGGCCGAUCCAUCCAGCUCAGCACCUACAUCGACUGCUUCCUCUUCACAGGCAUUUGCUCAGCGCCCGACCCUCUCCCUCACUGUACCAGCCUCGCUCCCUUCCUCCUCCAUCUCGCACCUCUACACGCAAGUCGUAACCCCGCUGGCACAGCAGUACAACAUCCACCUCAUCCUGCCCUCAACACUCGAGGCGCUACCUGAAUCCACCAUCGACGGCCUCGACACACGCCGCAUCUUGCGCUACUCGACGAGCAAAGGGGCAUACAGCGUGGCCAGAGCGUUAGGCUGUAAUGCGCACGUUGAGCUGCUCGCGGGCAAAGGGGAGGACCACGGCGACGACGACGGCGGCGACGACGAUGAGUCGUACAAGGCGCUACAGCUGAUACGAAAGAAUGGCAAGUGCAGGCUGCUAGUCAUGGUCACGCCACCGAAGAGGGAGGGGUUCUCAGCGUCCUUGACGUCAGAAGGAAGCGGGCAGGGCGCAGCGUUACGCAUCAUCCCGCUUCCCUCACACGACGCCGCAGACUGGAAGCGGAUUACGCAGAGGUUGACAGAGUACAGGAGCGCAUGGAGAUAG